AUGCCACUCCUCGCCUCCCUCGCGAUCGGCGUCCUCAUCUGGUUUGUCCCGGCCCCCGCCGGCGUGCCCCGCAACGCGUGGCAGCUGCUCGCCAUCUUCCUCUCCGCCAUCAUCAGCAUCAUCACCCAGCCGCUGCCCCUCGGCGCGAUGGCCCCACUUGGCCUCGGCGCCGCCGUGCUCACCAAGACGCUCACCUUCGCUGCGGUCUUCGGCGACCCGAUCCCCUGGCUCAUCGAGCUCGCCUUCUUCUUCGCGCGCGGGUUCAUCAAGACCGGCCUCGGCUCCCACGUCGCCUAUGCCUUCAUCACCACCUUCGGCUCCUCUCUCGGCCUCGGCUACUCGCUCGUCUUCGCCGAGGCGCUCCUCGCCCCUGCCAUCCCCUCUGUCUCGGCGCGCGCGGGCGGCAUCUUCCUGCCGCUCGUCAAGUCGCUCUGCGAGGAAUGCGGCUCGCGCACCGGCGACGACACGGAGCGGAAGCUCAGGGCCUGGCUCAUGCUCACCUGCUUCCAGACCUCCGUCGUCUCGUAG